GAAAGCCAGAAUGGGAAAGGGAGUUGUGUGCUUCAUAGAGAGAGACCAAAGCAGAUGUUGACUUUAAAGUAGAUCGAACUGCUUUCCUUUUGAAGUGAUACAGUAGAGAGGAAACUGGUUGUCAGCUGUUUGUUGGAGACCACACCACAAUUCCUCCUGGCUGCUGUGGAGAAGAAGAUCUUGGCUCUGUAGUCUCCCCCCCUGCCAGCGUGAUUGGCUGUCACACUUUAGGCUCCCCCUUCUCUCUUUUUCUUCUUCACUCUCUCUCUCUCUCUCUCUCUCUCUCUCUCUCUCUGUCUCCUCUGUACUGUCCUGAGGCUUACCUGAGCCACCACUGCAGAAACACAGGACCCCCCUCCUCACACACACACACACACACACACACUUGUGCUGUUUCUCUCUCACACUCAGUUUUUCACCUGGAGAGGGCAGGCGCAAGGGACGGCAUGUGCAGCAGCAGCAGCAGUCUCUCCUCACAUCUAGCGCUACCUCUCUGAGUUGCCUCUUUCUGGAGAGUGGAGAGCAACUCUGAAAAGACAUUUUGGAGCCAUUGUACACUUGGAGAAAACAGGAGAGACGGGGGGCAGUGAGGGAACACUUGUCAACCCAGGGACACCAAAGGCAACGCACAGCAAUGAUUUUGGGAGGCAUCAAUCGAGCUGGGGCAGCAGUGCCGACAUUCUUACGGACCCCCACAGUGAUCCAACCCCACUUGGACAUGAAGCCCUUCCUGCAGUUCCCAGUGGAGACCCCCCCUCCUCCACACAGCAUGAGCCUCUUCCACAACUUCAAUACGAUGGACCCGGUGCAAAAGGCUGUGAUCAACCACACAUUUGGAGUUCCUCUGAUCAAGACCAAGCGACCAGUCAUCUCCUGUAACGUCUGCCAGAUCCGCUUCAACUCAGAGAGCCAGGCAGAAGCCCACUACAAAGGGAACCGCCAUGCCAGGAGAGUCAAAGGCAUCGAGACCUCUAAGAGUCGUCCUCAAGAAGGAGACAAACCUCACACCCUGCCCCCCACCUCCUCCCCAUCUCCGCCUGGAGCUCCUGGCACAGCCCCAGACAGUGAGCCCAGCAAAGCAGAUGAAACACGGCCUAUGUCACGGAUAAAUGGACCCUUACUGGCACCGGGGCCCCUUCCACCUCUUCAAACCCCACCUACCCCACCCAUGGACUCCCCUGUGCCAUCAGUGUGCCCUCUCAUUCCCACCCCUACUCCUCCACUGGUCCCCCCGACCUCUUCUUCCCCAGGCUGCGGGAGCAGCCUCACCAACUCAGAGCAGGUUGGAUCAGGAACCCCGGUUUCAGGAGCCGUUGGCAUUUCGGCUUCAAACAGCCCAUCCAAUCCAGAGACUGAGGAGGACAAGGCCAAGAAGCUGUUGUACUGCGCACUGUGCAAGGUGGCUGUGAAUUCCUUGUCACAACUGGAGGCGCACAACAAAGGUACGAAACACAAAACUAUCCUGGAGGCACGGAGCGGGCUGGGCCCUAUAAAGGCAUAUCCUCGCCUGGGCCCCAAGCCCAGUGGAGAGCAGGGAGGAGGGCCGGUGGACCCCAACACUCAGGAACGAACCUUCCACUGUGAGAUCUGCAAUGUGCGGGUCAACUCUGAACUGCAACUAAAACAGCACAUAUCAAGUCGAAGGCACCGGGAUGGUAUGGCGGGCAAGCCUAACCCUCUCCUCAGCCGACACAAGAAGCACAGGGGAGCUGAUCUAACGUCUUCUUUGACCUUCUCCAAGGAUCUCACCAAAGCUUUGGGUGCCGGGCUGUUGCCCAACCCUUUGGCGGUUGCGGCAGCAAUGGCCGCCGCAGCGUCCUCAAACCCACUGGCUCUCCGCGCGGCUGCUCCCGCACACCAUCCACCUCAUCACAUUUUGCAAGGCCCGCCUCUCAGCCACGCAAUCCUGAGACCUGCCCCAGGGCCCAUCCGCACCACCCACGGGCCAAUCCUCUUCUCUCCUUACUGACACAUAACCAUCUGACUUCAGCCAGUCAGGAACAUCCACUCCAAAAGCACACUGUGAAGCUACAAACAUGAUCAACUAACAGCAAUUGAUAAGGGGGGGAAAAAUCUGAUAAUAUAAAUAUCUGACUGAGAGAAUAGCAAGGGAACAGUGGAAAGGAGUACAAGCAUAUGUCUCUAUUUUUCCCUUUACCUGAAACUCUCCAUUCACUCUCCCUCCAUUUCAAAAGACUUUUUGAGUGAUCUGCAGAUGGAAUUAUCAGAGAGGGAUAGUCAUUAUGCAUCAAACUCCCUUGUACAUUUCUCACCUCCUGGUCCCUCCCUUGCACUGUGGCCCUCUCGUGGCCACCUCAAUAGCUACAGAAGAAACACAUGCAGACCUUUCUAGAAACGUUCAACCACAUGUAGUGUUACAUAAUUAUUCCGGGACAGGUUGUUUUUUCCACCUGUCAUCAUGGCUAAAUGUGUUCUUCUCAUCCUAUGCACCUCAAAAACAAAGACAAUAAUGUUAUGUCAGUAGGGUAGCUGCUUCCAUCAGUCUUUGCUGUGUGCGCCACAUGUAGCUGUACAGGCUUCAACGGCACUGUACAUGUCCUGCUCCGUGCCGGAGGUCAGCAGCUCUCCAAUUUGUGACAUUAGGUCUCCACUAGAUACAACAUGACUUUGGCUGACAGGCAGGUGGUAGCCACAUCCGAACAUGUCUGAUGGUUGGGGGGAUGAGUGGAGCAGAAAAGUGACUGUGGGGGAUUGUUCUUUGCUGUCAUUUCCUGAGAGGGUGAGGUGAGAGGAAGGCUGGCACGGGUCACUGGAUGGAUUCACCACAGGCAACUUGCAGACAUACACAGGCCUGGACAAAUAUGUGUUUUAAAAUAGAUUGUACCAACAAAAAUUGCUACAGGGCGCAUCUGCCAACCUCCAUAACAGUCAGAGAAUAGGCUCACCAAAGGGGAGAGGAGAUGAAAGAAGCAGCAGAAAUCACACAUUAAUACAUAUUGUACUGCCGGGUUUAAAUACUCGAUCACCAUCUUUAGCUUUGAUUGCAUUUUAUGGAAAGAAUUCUGCAGUUUUACGAACAGCAGUUUGAAAUAAAGUACUUGAGAGAGAGAAAGAGAGGAUAGGUGUUAUGCUUCAGCUUGGAUUAUUUCAAAGCCAAUCAUCAUCCUCACAUCUCCCUGGUCUUCGUUCGCAGGCUGACUGUGUAGGUGGGCAAGUAUGACUUGCGUACCACCCUUUGUCCUAAUUUUUUCUCCAUGCCACCUCACAACAGGAUGCUACACAGCGUUCUGCAUCACUGGUUUCACCUCUCCCAUUUCUGCACUAUCCUUCUCCUCAGCUCCCUAUUAUCCAAAGGUUCAUAUGAGUCUAUUGUGGGAGACACAUCAACACUGGCAACCAUGAUGCUGAAAGGCAACAAAUUAAAUAGAGGAAGUUGAAAGCCAAAUACAUUCUUUGACAAAUGAUCUUGAGCUGAAGCGACAACCAAGCCAGAAGCCCAGAGAAGCCGCCCGGAGCAGGAGCCGAGACGUCCAGCCCAAGGCAUCUAUUGAUACUUCCUGUCUUACAACUGAAAGCCAUGAAACACACCAUGAUUUGUUUUCUUUUACAAAGACUGGUGAGCACUUUGUUUUUCUUGUUUGGUUUGGACUGUUGGUUUACAUUUAUAUCACACAUUUAAAAAAAAAGAGCAAAAUAGAAAACAUGAUAAAAAAAAUAUUUUUGUAGGUAGGAAAUGUUAUUAACGUCAUCAAGGGAAACAAGGAAAAGGGUGAAAUUAUCAGAGAGUGAAUUAUAUAAGGGACUCAGCCAGAAUGAUAUAAACAGGCAGAUCAAUUGACUCAGUGGGGAGCCACAAACACUAGCUAAGCAGCAGCAGACUUAUCUUGCCUGACAGCUUGAAACUAACACCCUUUUCUGAACGAGAUGUACACUGUGCCCUUUCAUUGAGAAGCAAUGAGCUCUAAUGUCUUACCUUUGUCUGAAUAUUGCAAUGCAAUGAGCAAUUUUUAUCAGAGUGACUUGUUAUCAUUGUGACAUGUUGUGACAUAUUGUCUGGAGUCAUGUGUAAAGUGGGAGCACGCCAGCUGACUGACUUUUCUGUUCUUCCAUGAGGAGUGCAACUUCUUGAGGGGAUUGAGGUGGGGACGGAGAGACAGAGGUGUAGCUAGAGAUAGGGACUGACCCUUCAUAUUAAAGGGCCUUUUUACUAUGGUAAUCUCUGCUUGGGGAACAGGGUACAACACCAGGUAUCAAGGGAUUAAAGCUAGAACUGUUCAACGGGUUUUUUUGUUUUAUUUGGACUUAACGAAUUGCAUUUUGUUGUUGUUUUUGUUUUUGGUUUUCUGUGUGUGAGAAAUAUGUCUAAGUGAAAAUCUAGAGGAACAUUAUCAAUGCCAUUACUUAAAAAGAGAAGCUGGCUCUGUGUCAGCUUCCACCAUUGUGCUCUUUUUGUUGCUGAACGUAAUCUUCAAGUUCAUUUUGUGAGUGAAAUGCUAUUCCAGGAUCCUUGCUUUUCUUCCUGUUGGUGUGUGUACUAUAAGUAUUCUAGUGUGUGUUGGGACCUGCUCUCUCCCCACUCCCCACCAAUCAGAGACAGAGGCAGCCUGGAUCUAUAAAGUGGCCUAACACAACUAUGGGGACAAAAACCUGCGUGUGUUUGGUACGGUGAGAUUCAUCAGUCGUUCUGGAUUCAAGUCACAGAGUUGACCAAUAACCGAGCCUUAUCAAAGUACUGCAAAGAUGUCCCUGGUAGGUCAGUCAAGUAGCACCACAUGUUCAUAUUGUCCUUGAUAUGUUCAUAAAGUGGUAAAUACCAGAGAGUCAUUUUCAUCAUUCACAUGUGGGAAAUAAAUGGUAUUCCUAUUUUCUGGGCAGGUAUUUCAUGUUAGCUGUGUUUAGGCUACUAGCCUUAGCCUUAUUCUGCCCUCGGUCUUUCUCAGAGCAGAGAGAGAGAGAUGGAGAGGCUAUGGUGUAAUUUUGUCUUGCCAAUAAAUUUAUUUUUGAAUUUCAUUAUUAGAGGGACAAAGAGUUUGUAUGGCGAAUUGUAGCAAUACCUGACUCAUUCUGGCUACUCUUGUUUAUUGCAAUAAGAAAAUUAAACAAUAAAUGUGUAUGUGAGUAAAACAUUAUAAAUGUAAUUUAAAUGAAAAAGAAACUUUAUGGUAAGUACUACUGGUAUCAAGAGAAACCAUGGUGGAAAAAAGUA